AGCAGCUGCGCGUUGCCGAGUUUCGUCAGAAGACGAAGAAGAAGAAGCGCACAGAAACGUACUGUCGUAAAUCGUAGCAUAAUUUCUGAUUAUAAUUACCGGUAAUUAGCGGCUUUCUCUGGUGCCGUGUUUUUGUUUCUACCACAAUGACUGAGGAUGUCCAGAAGCACUCGGUCCACACUUUGGUCUUCAGGUCUCUCAAAAGAACUCAUGAUAUGUUCGUGUCCGAUCAGGCAAGUCCAGUGGCUCUGGACGAGCAGAGUCACAAGUUGAAGAUGGCUGUAAAACUGAAGUCGGAUUAUAAUGCCGUUUUACACAUGCCUGUCCUGAAAGAAGGAAAAGACAGAGUUCCACAGAUUUCCAACAGCAUUCAAGUUCACCAGAACUACACACAGCCAGUAGACGACCCAGAGUACCUGAUCACUGGUACCUAUGCUUAUCCAUCUGGACCUGGAGUGGCUCUGACCGCUGAUACAGCAUUGCACAGGAACCCGAGUGAGGCAGGAGUCCAUUCUACUGCACUGGCCUUACCACCAUCACAAGUCAGGCAGGAGGCGAGUCGCACUGCAGCCAGCGUCGCUGAGAUCCACAGACACGUAGGAGGAGCCGAGAGAUCAAGUGCUGUCUCUCUAAUGGAAGGAGGCGGCACCAGAAACUCACUCAUGAGGAAAGCACCAGUCAUGCCUAAACCUCAGUGGCAUCCACCAUGGAAACUGUUUCGGGUCAUCAGCGGUCACCUUGGCUGGGUGAGGUCCAUCGCUGUGGAACCUGGGAACCAGUGGUUUGUCACCGGCUCUGCUGAUAGAACCAUAAAGAUUUGGGACUUGGCCAGUGGGAAGCUGAAACUUUCCCUGACAGGACACAUCAGCACAGUUCGUGGCGUGGCGGUCAGCGAUCGCAGCCCAUACCUCUUCUCCUGUGGAGAAGACAAGCAGGUCAAGUGUUGGGAUCUCGAAUACAACAAAGUCAUCAGGCACUACCACGGCCAUCUCAGUGCCGUGUACGAUUUGGAUCUACAUCCAACCUUAGACGUGUUGAUGACGUGUAGCAGAGAUGCCACGGCGAGGGUGUGGGACAUCAGGACGAAGGCUAAUGUGUACACGCUAACAGGCCACCACAACACAGUGGCAACGGUCAGAUGUCAGUCUGCAGAACCACAAGUCGUCACCGGGAGCCAUGACUCGACCAUCAGACUGUGGGAUUUAAUCGCAGGGAAAACCAGAACUACUCUGACCAACCACAAGAAGUCUGUCCGAACUCUGGUAUUGCACCCCAGACAAUACACAUUUGCCUCCGGUUCAGCUGAUAACAUCAAGCAGUGGAUGUUCCCUGAGGGGAACUUCAUCCAGAACCUAUCGGGACCACCGGCGAUUAUUAAACACUUGGCUGUCAAUUCUGACGGCGUGUUGGUGUCUGGAGCCGACAUGAACCAUCCCCUGUGGGACUGGAGGACGGGCUACAACUUCCAGCGGAUUCACGCGGCGGUGCAGCCUGGAUCUCUGGACAGUGAAUCUGGGAUCUUUGCUUGUGUGUUUGACCGCUCUGAAAGCAGACUGAUCACCGCCGGAGCUGACAAGACCAUCAAAGUCUACAAAGAGGAGACACCCGCGUCAGAAGAAAAUCAUCCCAUCAACUGGAAACCAGAAAUACUCAAGAGAAAGAGAUUCUAAUUUUUAUUUAAUUUUUUUUAUUUUGUUGUCACAAUCGUAAAAAUUUUGUUUCUACCAGACUUAUUUUUGUAGCCAUGCCAUUGUUUUGCUCUUUAGUGCUUUUGAUGAGACACUUUCCCUGAAGGCACCAAUAUACUCAAUAGAACAAGAAGCUUUUUAAAUUUCCCCACCUGCUAUCCCCACUUGGUUUGUUUAUUGUUUUUCCUGUUCUGUAAAGCUUCUCACAGCUGCACAGGACCACACUUGGGUAGGUACCAGUAUUAGGUUUCAUGGUAUAAAUUUAGACCAAAAAAAAAAAACAAACAACCCAAACCUCUGUGUCACAG